UUCACGCUGAUGCUCCUACCAAUAAAACACUGGCUGGGCUGGUGGUGCAGCUUCUCCAGUUUCAGGAAGAUGCCUUUGGGAAGCACGUUACCAACCCGGCUUUCACCAAGCUUCCUGCAAAAUGCUUCAUGGAUUUCAAAGCUGGAGGCACCCUGUGUCACAUUCUUGGGGCUGCUUACAAGUAUAAAAAUGAGCAAGGGUGGCGGAGGUUUGACCUACAGAAUCCAUCAAGAAUGGACCGAAAUGUUGAAAUGUUUAUGAACAUUGAAAAAACAUUGGUGCAGAGUAAUUGUCUAUCCAGACCCAACAUCUACCUCAUUCCAGAUAUUGAUCUGAAGUUGGCUAACAAAUUGAAAGAUAUCAUCAAACGACAUCAGGGAACAUACACUGAUGAGAAGUCAAAGGCUUCCCACCACAUAUAUCCAUACCCUUCCUCGCAAGAGGAUGAAGAGUGGUUGAGACCGGUUAUGAGGAAAGAUAAGCAGGUGCUAGUUCAUUGGGGGUUUUAUCCAGACAGCUAUGAUACAUGGAUCCACAAUAGUGAUGUAGAUGCUGAAAUCGAGGAUCCACCAAUUCCAGAAAAGCCAUGGAAGGUUCAUGCAAAGUGGAUUUUGGACACUGACGUUUUCAAUGAAUGGAUGAAUGAAGAGGAUUAUGAGGUGGAUGAGAACAGGAAGCCUGUGAGUUUUCGGCAGCGAAUCUCGACAAGGAAUGAAGAGCCAGUCCGAAGUCCAGAGAGAAGAGAUAGAAAAGCAGCGGCUAAUGCUCGGAAGCGGAAACAUUCACCUUCACCUCCCCCUCCUACACCCACAGAAUCCCGGAAGAAGAGUGGGAAGAAAGGCCAAGCUAGUCUUUAUGGGAAACGCAGAAACCAGAAAGAGGAAGAAGAACAAGAAGACCUUACCAAGGACAUGGAAGACCCAACACCCGUACCCAACAUAGAAGAAGUUGUACUUCCAAAAAAUGUAAACCCAAAGAAAGACAGUGAAAAUACACCUGUGAAAGGAGGAACUGUCGCAGAUCUAGAUGAGCAAGAUGAAGAAACUGUUACAGCCGGAGGAAAGGAAGAUGAAGAUCCUGGCAAAGGAGAUCAGAAUCGCUCAGUUGACCCUGGUGAAGAAAAUGUAACAGAGCAGACCAAUCACAUUAUUAUUCCCAGCUAUGCUUCAUGGUUUGAUUAUAACUGCAUUCAUGUGAUUGAACGGCGUGCUCUUCCUGAGUUUUUCAAUGGCAAAAACAAAUCCAAAACUCCAGAAAUAUAUCUGGCAUAUCGCAAUUUUAUGAUUGAUACCUAUCGUCUAAAUCCCCAAGAGUAUUUAACUAGCACUGCUUGUCGGAGGAACUUGACUGGAGAUGUGUGUGCUGUCAUGAGGGUUCAUGCCUUUUUAGAGCAGUGGGGACUUGUAAAUUACCAAGUGGAUCCUGAAAGUAGACCUAUGGCCAUGGGACCUCCUCCGACUCCUCAUUUUAACGUAUUAGCUGAUACUCCUUCAGGGCUGGUGCCUCUUCACCUUCGAUCACCUCAGGUACCUGCUGCUCAGCAGAUGUUAAAUUUUCCUGAAAAGAACAAGGAAAAGCCAAUUGACUUGCAGAAUUUUGGUCUUCGUACUGAUAUUUACUCUAAGAAAACCUUAGCAAAGAGUAAAGGUGCUAGUGCUGGAAGAGAGUGGACAGAACAGGAAACGCUUCUGCUCCUGGAGGCCCUGGAAAUGUAUAAGGAUGAUUGGAACAAAGUAUCAGAACAUGUUGGAAGUCGUACUCAGGAUGAAUGCAUCCUCCACUUUUUGAGGCUUCCCAUUGAGGACCCAUACCUUGAAAAUUCCGAUGCUUCCCUUGGGCCUCUGGCCUAUCAGCCUGUUCCCUUCAGUCAGUCAGGAAACCCGGUCAUGAGCACCGUUGCUUUCUUGGCAUCUGUGGUGGACCCACGUGUGGCCUCUGCCGCAGCCAAAGCAGCAUUGGAGGAGUUUUCUCGGGUCCGAGAGGAGGUACCAUUGGAAUUAGUUGAAGCUCAUGUCAAAAAAGUACAAGAUGCAGCACGAGCCUCUGGAAAAGUAGAUCCUACCUAUGGCCUGGAAACCAGCUGCAUUGCAGGCACAGGGCCCGAUGAACCAGAGAAACUUGAAGGAGCUGAAGAAGAAAAAAUGGAAACAGACACUGAUGGUCAGCCGCCUGAAAAGACAGAAAACAAAGAAAAUGAAAUAAAUGAUGGUGAUAAAGCACAAGAUGGAGACAAUGACAAAAAUAGUGAGAAGGAGCAAGACAGUGAAGUUAGUGAGGAUAUUAAAUCAGAAGAAAAGGAGGCUGAAGAGAACAAGGAACUCCUUGAAACAUGUAAAGAAAGAGAGAAUGAUAUUGGGAAGAAGAAGGUAGAACAUGAAAUUUCUGAAGGAAAUGUAGCCACAGCUGCAGCAGCUGCUCUUGCCUCGGCUGCAACCAAAGCCAAGCACCUGGCUGCGGUAGAAGAGAGAAAGAUCAAGUCUCUGGUAGCCCUCCUGGUUGAGACACAAAUGAAGAAACUUGAGAUCAAACUUCGACAUUUUGAAGAGCUGGAGACGAUCAUGGACAGAGAGAAAGAGGCUCUAGAACAGCAGAGGCAGCAAUUGCUUACUGAACGCCAGAACUUCCACAUGGAACAGCUGAAAUACGCUGAAUUGCGAGCCCGACAGCAAAUGGAGCAGCAGCAGCAGCAUGGACAGGCCCCUCAGCAGGCACACCCACAUUCAGGAGGGCCUGGUAUGGCCCCACUUGGAGCAACAGGACACCCCGGCAUGAUUCCUCAUCAACAGCCCCCUCCAUACCCUCUGAUGCACCACCAGAUGCCACCACCUCAUCCGCCACAGCCAGGUCAGAUACCAGGCCCAGGUUCCAUGAUGCCAGGCCAGCCUAUGCCAAGCCGUAUGAUUCCCACUGUUGCAGCCAACAUCCACCCCUCUGGGGGUGGCCCUCCACCACCCGGUAUGCCUCCGAUGCCAGGAAACAUCUUAGGCCCACGGGUACCUCUCACAGCACCUAAUGGCAUGUAUCCCCCUCCGCCACAGCAGCAGCAGCCACCGCCACCCACAGAUGGGGUCCCUCCGCCGCCUGCUCCAGGCCCACCAGCCUCAGCUGCUCCCUAGCCUGGAGGACAGAGGGAAUGGCCAUGCCCAGCGCCACCAGCUGGAGUGGGGAUGACAAGACUUGUGCUCCUCAACUCCCUUGGGUUCUUCAGGAUUUUUCUUCUCAUAGCCCCAAGCACGUGUCCCUUGUCUCCCAUUCCCCUUUCCUCUCAGCCCCCCUGUGCUCUGACACCUCUUGUGCCAAGUCUUCAGUCAGCUCUUAAGGAGAAGCCUGUGGUCACAAGUGUGCCCUACUGAUCCUAAAAGCACCCAGUAUCUCCCCUGUCCUCCUGGGGAAUGGGUUGCCAGUUUGUUUCUCUGUAGGUCCUGUCAACAUUAGUAUGCUAUUUGUCUUUAUGAUUUUUGCUCUUCUGAAUUUUUUCCUAUGUCGUUUGCCUUUAUUGAUGAUGCUUUUUAUGAUCAUUACCUCCCCCCUUUCUGUUGUCUUUAUUGUUUUAAAAGAGCAUCCUAAGUUAACAGGAACCAAAAAAAAAAAAAAGAUUGGUGAUGAGCAGGGGAUGACCACAGGGGACAAACUUUAAGGCAUUAUAAGUGACCUUAUUUCUGCUUAUCUGAGCUAAGAAUGGUGCUGAUAGUGAAGU